AUGUUAUUUUUCAACAAUCGAAACUCACGGAUCGUUGAAAUGACAAUAGAAAUUGUCAAGUCGGAAAAACAGCAGAAAGAAAAAAGAGAAAGAAUCUGCGUAGAUGUAGAAUUGGCGAUUAAAAACCGCAUGAUCCGCAAGUGGUCCACAUUAAAAACUUCAACCGACAAGCAAUCACUAGAGAAAUUUCUGAGCGAAUUAACUGGUAUGAAAACGGCGAUGAUUUUAUGGCAUCAACGAGUGGUUGGAGUUCUGGAAAAAGCGCAGCGACACGUUGAUGCAACCAAAAUGGCACGCAGCGGUGUCGCAAACUGCAACGACCAAUUUGACGUUUCUGUGACUAUUUCACAGCAACACAUCGAUUUGUUUCAAGACAACAUCACCACCGCCUCAAAUGUCAUAAACAAUGCAGACGGAUGGGACACACUGGCCGAGAGCAGCUCUCGCGGGAUAUUUUUUUAA